AUGUCAACACGUGCUUGGGAGAAAUCAAAAGCAGACACCGCUCCAUCACACCCGCAAGCUUCAGACGUUUCUCCACAUGCUCACAGCACACCUUCUCCGACUCCGAACCACGAAAGCAAAGCCGUUCCUCGACGUCCUAGUCCCGCACCUGAUCAUGCUGCAGCGAGACCCUCAAGUGGGGUUGGGGGUCCCGCUGACGCUCGCUCUCAACCAUGCCCACCAUCAAGUAGUACUCCAGACGCAUCUCGAGUCAAUGGUAACGUGCCAGAUACUUUGAGUAACAACGGUCGUGUUGUCCAGACGCGGAGAGUAAUCUCUCCCCUUCCCCGGCAGCGCCACAUAACGACACGUGCUCCUCAAUCUGCUGUAUGUUCGAUCCCCAGCUCAAAGAGCACAGUCGCUAGAGAUCCGCCGGGACAUGAACGCUCACCUUCACGAGCUGCCAAUUCUCCAUUUUCAACCCCUGCUGCCACCCUCACACCCGCUUCUACUUCUGUUCCAGCGAAUGCAGCUGGGGCAACUUCUCCAUCCGUACCUGCUGCAGCACCUUCUGGGACCAUCUCUUCUCACAACAAGGAUACAUCGUCAACAUCCCCCUCCACCUCCACUCAAGGAUCAUCUUCUCCUGCCCCGCAACGUGCUGCGUCAGGCAGCACUGCAUCCACUGCUGCUCAGGCCGCCGCUCCCAAGGCGACCACGCAGACAUCUAAGCCCGUCUCACCCCCAAAUGCGCCAACUUCUCAACAGCAAGCCGCUCUCGUACUUAGCCAAUCGGGGAUGUCGACCACGGGUCGGGCCACCGUAGGUCCCGUCCCUCGGUCCACGACAGCCUCCCCCGAACGACUGGCACCAACGUCUCAACGAUCCACACUGAGCCCGAGUUCACCGUCGACGAGGCCCGCAUCUCCCUCAAGUGCGGAUCAUUCAGCUUCGUCCUCGACACAACCCGCAUCCACAGCUGAUGCCUCUGAUCAAGCGUCCACGGCGACGGCGGCGGGAGACGACGCAGAUAUAGAAACAGAGCGUCGCAUCGGCGGGACGCCGAUCAUCCCGCUGGGCAAGCCUGGCGGCGAAGCGUCGGAGUUGAACGGGUGGCACGAAGUCAUCCACCUUGACGGCAGCUUGUACUACUGGCACCAGGAUCUUCGGAUCGUGACGACUGACAACAUCAAGGAGUCCGGGCGUCCCUCCGCGAUCAUCAAGCACGCUGCCGACUUGAAGGCCGAGCUUGACCAGGCUGGAGCGAAGUCGAAAGGCAUCGUACGUGGCCAGGAGGAUGUCGUCGUCUGCGGCGUAGACGGGAAACCGGGGUCUGAGCCAGAAGCACUUCUGCUGGACCACCGGCGAGGGUGGUACAUUGAGCGCGUUUGGUGUACAGCAACCGACAGCGCGGGUGUUCAGAGUAGGACACCAGAGGUAGCGUACGAACAGCGGACGGAGCAGUAUUGGAGGAUGCUGGAGCGGUUCCCGAUGCAUCUAACGAGCUUGCCCACGGAGGUGGAGGCAGAAUUCUUUGGUGCUCUUGUGUUUGGGUCAAGUGAAAGAAUCCUGGAUUGGCGCGAGACGGCAUUUCCCUUCAGUGAUCACCAGGCGGAGCGACUCAUCCAGGUGUACAUGGACCUGAAAGACGCAGCCGAGAGCAAGUAUCCUGUCGUUCCCGCGAUGGGAUGGCACAUCGCGCGGACGAUGGUGCGCAUCGAGGCAAGUCGCACAAAGCACAAGCACGGUACGCAUGAAAGUAAGCUGUAUCGCGACGGGGCAAUCGACGCUCCAGGGUGGCAAGUCAAAGUUUUGGACUUGCUCGUGGUACUCCUACUGCUGGGUAUGCAGCGAAUGUAUCGGUUGCGAUUGCAGAGCGCACGGGUGAAAGGAGUUGUGAACGCCGACGCGUUGCGGGAGCUGUUUGAGCACUUUUUGGACGAGUGGGCAGAUUCAAAUCUUUUGGCCACUGUUUUCAUCGGAGCGAAUAUCGGUUUCUUAGCUGUAUCGGGGAUCGAUAGUUUGCAGCAAACAGCUCUCCUCGUGUCGACUGUGUUCUCGACAAUGAGUGUUGUCGCCGGAGUCCAUCACACUUGGCAGCACAGGACCAAGGUAGACGCUAGUCCUGAAGAAGCAAGCCAUUACUUGACGCACGCCAGCCGACUUGGACGCGAAGUCGACCUCGCUGUCAUGGCCUGUUUUCUCGCCCUUCCAGUGUCUUCGCUGCUCUGGGCAAUCAUCGCAUUUGCGGUUGCGCUCGGUGCCUUCUGCAUCCAGAAUACCGAUAUUCAGGGGAAAAUUCUGCUAUCCGUAUCGCUCGGACUCCUUGGGCUGUUGUGUAUGGCGACGCUAUUCUUCUUCUGGCAUAUCUGGCGCGGACCGCGACGGGAAGAGCUGAGUGAGGAGGAUGCGGGUGAGAUCAUAAGUCGAGGGUGGAAGGCGGCAUUCAAACGACAAGGGCGAGAGAUCAGGAUGAUCUUUGGCAAAAGUCAUAAGAAAAAUGGCUUAGAGAGCGUAUGA